GCUUUUCAGUAAUAAUGUGUCUUAGUUGCGUGAACUCAUUAAAAAUUCUGAAACCGGAGUUUUAGAAUUAUUAGUUCGAAAAUCAGUGAUGUUAAAUUGUUUAUAAAAGUAAUAUUUAUAAUCAAUAAAAAAAUGGUGCCAAUAAAAAAAAAUAGAAAAAUCAAAGUGAAUCGAAGAACUUUCUAGGGCUUAUAUAUAUAUGUUGUAAAAUUGUCUUUAGAAAUGGAAACUUUGAAGAGCGCAUGUGCAGUUUGCAAAAAACCAGCAACCUUACGCUGUAGUAAUUGCAAAGGCGAAUUUUAUUGCGCCAAGGACCACCAACGAGAUGACUGGAAGCGCCACAAAUCCACCUGUCGGGCUUGGGAAAUAAAAGAAAAUCCCGAACUUGGGAGAUAUCUCAUAUCGACCCGGGAUUUAAAUCCAGGCGAUUUGAUCAUCUCAGAAUUGCCGAUUGUUUUCGGACCGGCACCUCACACCGACGAGAGAGUCUGUGUGGGAUGUGGAAGUCGAAACAUACCAGCCAGAUGCAUCGGAUGUUCCUGGCCAGCUUGUAGAAUUGAUUGCGCUGGUCUCAUGGAUGACGAUAGACACGCCCUCGAGUGUAAACUCCUCGCCAAGGCGAGAAUUUUACCCAGAUUCAAUAUUAUUUUGGCCCUCCGCAUGUUAAUUCUCCGUCGCAAGAACCCGAGAAAAUGGAAAGUAGUUACAAAACUCCAAAGCCACGAAGAAGCUCGUCGUCCAGGGACAGAAGCUUACGCAGAAAUAAAAAAUGUUACUCAACACUUGGCUCCAAUUUUAUCAGCCGAUCAAGGUGCUGCGGAGAUUUUACCAAAAAUUUGUGGAAUAAUUGAUGUUAACGCCUUGGAAACGAACCCUCCAGAGGGAUCGGUUGGAAUUUAUGAAAAUAGUUGUCUUCUGGAACAUCAAUGUAUUGCCAAUACCAGAUUCAGUUUUUCCAUCGAUGAAAACGGCCGACCGAGAAUUUUCGUCAAGGCUAUUACUUUUAUAAAAAAAGGGGAACAUCUAAGUACGACAUACACUCACGCUUUCUGGAUGACACGAAUUCGAAGAGAUUACCUCCUGGCAACAAAAUAUUUCGCCUGUCGUUGUGAUCGUUGUGCAGAUCCUUCAGAACUUGGAAGUCACUUCGGAACCUUAAAGUGUCCUUGUGGAACGGGCCUUGUUCUCCCAAAGGAUCCUCUCGACGAAGACACUGAAUGGUCUUGUAAUGCUUGUCCUGGGAUUUUAUCAUCAUUGGAAGUCAAUCAAUUAACCGAUAGAUUGGGCGAAGAAGUGGACGGCGCUAUGGGUAUUGCGAAUCGUGAAGUCCUUACUGAUCUUCUCUCAAGGCUGAGCGUACUUUUGCACCCUUGUCACCAGCACUGCAUCACCGUUGGGCAUUCCUUGAUACAAUUAUUACCACCUGACGAUCCACAAAAAUCCGAAAUUUGUAAGAGAAUAAUUUCCACGUCUUCAAUCGUAGAUCCUUACGGGGCAAAACUCGGACUUUACACGGCGAUUGCUCUUCGAGAACUCGCUUCUUGUCCUGGCCAAGACAAAAAAAAUCUUUUAUCGAAAGCCUUUUCGUUACUUGAACCAGAACCUUUGGGAAGUCCUGGAGAAAAACUACUUAGAUUGAUUAAAUCUGAAAUAUAAAGAGCAUCACAAAGUAAAAUAAAUAGAAAGAACAUUA